GCGGGAGACCACUCAUGGAAAAGCUGAAGCGAUUGAAUAUGGAGGACUUUGUUAAACUAAAGUUAACAGAACGGCAACUUCUGGAGCUGAUUGACACUUUUGCAGAUUGCGCAGGACUUCGAGGUCCUUCAUAAAGAGGCAUCAGACUAAAUGUUUGACCUGGAGGAGGUUCAGCGAGAAGCUUGUUCAUGCGGCCCAGCGGGGGGGAGCUCCAGGUGCAGACCGAGUCUUUGUCUCAAGGCUCCAAAGACUACAUUGCCCUGAUGGUUCUGCCAGGUCUGAUUCCACCUGCAGUCUUCAGGAUGGGCCGAAAGACCGUGAGGACUACAGUGUCUGACGCCAUGAAGGCCUUCAUCGAUCUUAAGCCUGUCGGAUGGUGGAUACCUUCAGGCAGCAGACCAGACCAUACCCCUACACCCUGGUGUUGGGAGGAGAGGACUGCUGCUCACAGCCAUUCACCGUUCUCAGUGGGCCGGCCCUGGAGCACGACAGCGUUGUCCAAGCUGUACAUGUUUGUUUCAAAUGUUUACUUGUGUUUGAUAUCAAUUUCCCAAAGCAGUGUUUCUCUGCUUGGCUGUUCCUCAAGAAAGGGCUGUCUAUGGAAUGGGGGAAGGGGCUGUGAGAGUCCUCUCCGCUCAAUCCUGGUACUGGUUCUGCCGGGCUUCCCUUCCCUCCAGCAGGCCCAGCAGUACGUCCUGGGCCUCCAGCUUCUUGGUGUCGUCCUGGACUACGUAGAAGAUCCUCCCGAUCAGCAGGGACCGGCGCAGCAGCGAGGCAAAGCUGCCGGCGGCAGCGUCUUUUCCCCCGGGAAGGAACACAGCUUUGCCUUGCUGCUGCGCCUGCUGAUCCAGAUGGGACCGGCCAAAGACAGUGGUGAUCGGGAGGAUCACCACUUAGUGUUUAGUGUUUGCCCCCCAGUAUUAACAACUUCUGUCAUCGUUUGA